GAAGAAAAGCAACAAGAAGGAAAGCAUUUCCGGGUUCUGACGAGGGUUCUGUUGUCAUUUUGGUAAAGAUGUCAGCGCACGAUCACCUCUCUCUCUGUAUUUGCGAUUUAAUCAGGUUACUGUGGACACUGCUGUUACCAUGCUUCUAUCUGAGUCUUGUCCUGACAGCCAUUCUCUUCCUUUUCAUCAUGGGAGUGAGAACCUGGCUGCAGAUGAAGAGGAAGACCAGGAGAGCUCAGGAUGGCCGGUCUGCCGUGGCCUUCUUCCACCCAUACUGCAAUGCGGGAGGAGGAGGAGAGAGGGUGCUGUGGUGUGCUUUACGUGCUCUUCAAAACAGGUACCCAGAUGUUUCCUUCGUGGUCUACACAGGUGAUCAGGGCGUGACAGCAGAAGAGAUUUUAGAUGGAGCACGGCGGCGCUUCAACAUCAGAGUCCCCCGAGCUGUUAAGUUUGUCUUCUUGAAACAUCGUCUCCUGGUGGAGGCAAAACUCUUCCCACACUUCACCCUUCUGGGGCAGAGCGUGGGCUCCAUCUUCCUGGGGUGGGAGGCAUUGACUGAGUUCGUUCCAGACAUCUACAUUGACUCAAUGGGCUAUGCCUUCACCUUACCGGUGUUCCGUUAUCUGGGUGGAUGUCAUGUGGGAAGCUAUGUGCACUACCCAACCAUCAGCACUGAUAUGCUGUCUGUGGUUCGAGAAAGAAACCCAAGGUUCAAUAAUGUAGACUACAUCUCCAGUAACCCUGUACUGAGUGCCAUCAAAGUGAUUUACUACUGUGUCUUCGCACUGCUGUACGGUCUUGCCGGCUCUUGUAGUGAAGUGGUCAUGGUGAAUUCCACCUGGACAUUAGGUCACAUUCUGGCACUGUGGCGCGCUCCUAACCGCACGAAUGUGGUCUACCCACCAUGCGACGUUCAGGCCUUCUUGGACAUCCCUAUUGGAGAAGAGGAUGAAGAGAAAGAACGCAAGAAGUGUCACUGUGUAGUCUCUGUGGGUCAGUUCCGGCCUGAAAAAGACCAUCAGCUGCAGAUCAGGGCUUUUAGAAAACUUCUGGAGAGGAAGGGGGUGGAGCCUGUCGGUCGAGAGAUUGUGAAGCUGGUGUUGAUUGGUGGAUGUCGUAACCAGGAAGAUGAAGACAGAGUACUGAUGCUUAGGGGAUUGUGUCAGGAGCUGGGCAUUGCAGACAGGGUGGAGUUUAAACUCAAUAUCCCAUUUGAGGAACUGAAGAAAGAUUUAACAGAUGCCACGAUUGGGUUGCACACAAUGUGGAAUGAACAUUUCGGUAUUGGUGUAGUGGAGUGUAUGGCUGCAGGAACAAUCAUUCUGGCUCACAAAUCCGGUGGUCCGAAGUUAGACAUUGUAGUUCCCUAUGAUGGCGGUCCAACCGGCUUCCUGGCAGAUGAUGAAGACGCCUAUGCAGAUGCCAUGGAACGAAUCCUUUCUAUGACUCCUGCAGCUCGCUUAGAGAUUCGACGCCGGGCUCGUCUGUCCGUCACCCGCUUCUCAGACCAGGAGUUUGAAGGCUCAUUUCUUGCAGCUGUGGAGCCUCUAAUAUCAACACUGAGACUAUGAGAGCGAUGGAGGAGGUGGUAAUGGUACUCUCACCAUGUCUCUGUUCUGGUGACUAUAGCAAAUCAGAGCGAUAUAGUUCAGUCUAGUUCCCCAUAAUGCUGGGCCCACAAUGCUGACUAUGAUUCAUUCCGUGUCUAGAGCAUAAGAGGAGCAAUUGGUACUGACCUGUCAUAUUUGCCCUUUAUUUAAGAAACAUCCCUAAAGUAAGGGAUGCUUCAUGGGAAAAGCUGGUUCUGGUGAGAUGCCACCUUUUGCUAACUUAAAGGCAAGAGUGACAUUGAAUAAAAGAGUUACACUCUGCAGAUGAACGUAAUGCUGUUGAUUUUGUUUCAUUUAAAACACAUGCUUAUUUGUCUUCAGAUCUGUUUAUGUACAUUAUUUAUGAUUAAUAUGGUUUAUAAUUAUAAUAGAUUUGUUUUUAUUUUAUUGUAACAGGUUUCAGAGAGUUACAAUUAAGAGUUCAAAACUGUGAUAUUUCUCUUGGAAGGAUAUUAUACGUUCAACUUUGUUGAUUGAAUUGUUUUUGUUUUUAAUACAAUAAAUUAUAUAUGAAUGGUGGUCUGGAAAUAUAACAGGAUGUUUUCCUACACAAUUUUUUAUUGUUACAUUAAUAUACUGUACACGUUAUUACAUUGGGCAGCUCUGAUCAUUUCUUAGCAUUGUCACAUGCUGCUCUUCAACCUCCUGUAACAGAUAAGAAUUAUUUUUACAUUAUAACUGCUAUACAGAAAAGGCAUCCCAGGAGCACAGAUUCUGGGUAAGGAAACGGUGUGUGUCUGUCUAGACUAGAUAGGAAAGCGACUGAGAGGGGCCAAAUUAAACAGGGCCCAUUUACCCAGGGACAGGAGGAGGGAACUCUGAGCAUUUACACAGAAUUCUUCUUUAGCUCAAAAUCUGGAUGUGUCUCUAGAUAAUUAAUAUUUAGGUUUAGGAAGCUUUCUCAUGAUAAAGACGCCUCAUCCACCUGCAGUAAUCUGAUUCAUCUCAUGUUAUAAAAUGUAUUAUGGUUUAUUAGAAAUGUAUUUGAGAAUUGGCUGAUGAAUAUUGAUACUGACUCGUAGGAAGAAAUUGUUGUAUUAAACAUUACAGAGAAUUAACACUUAUAAACCCAAUAUUUUCCGGUAUUCAACGCUGGAGUAGCCCAAUAGAAAUCAGUGAGAAAAUGGAGACCGUUUCUACAAACAACUGAACAUCAGUGAUUAAAAAUGUAAGAAUGCUUCAAGCAUCAUAGUCUUUUUUUUUUUUUAAUCAGGGGAAGUGCAGACAGUCUGCUAAUACUUCUAAUGACAGUUGACAUGUAGUUGCCAAGUUACAUAAAGCCAACAGAUUGUUCAAAAGGGACCAUUAAAAUAAAUUGUUACCAAUGAAUAACUUGAAUUUAUAAUUUAUAAUAUCAUUUUGUAAUUGCAAUAUUUGUUGGCCAAAGAUAUUUCUGCCUUUUACAUUUUUACAUUCAAGCUGUUAAUGACAAAUUCCAUUGUUGGUACGCAUAUAGUUUAGCAACACCUUCAUUAUUGGGACAUGGUGUCACAAACUCUGGCAAAAUGAACUUUGAACACAUUAUUCGUAGAAAAAAACUGUAAAAGUUCAAAAUUUUUGUUUAACAGACCGUAAGGUCGGUGAAUGAAUAUUUCAUGGUUCAUGAACCUGAUCUACCACCAAAUUAACUUGUCAAGCCUUCACUGACCAUUUCUCUUCGUCUCUUGAUAAGGAGUUCAAAACUUGUUAAGAAAGCAGAUUUCAUUCUUGCUUAUGACAAAAUUAGACGUCUGUACGCUGUUCAUCAGUCUGCUCAUAUCACUGUCAAGCAAAUAUCAUGUAUCAUUAAAUUUUGAAUUUUUCACUCCCUA